CUAAGACUGUGCGCGCCAAAUGACGGAAAGGAGGGUCUAAGUAAUGUAAACGGAAAUGGAAGACCGGUUCCUUUCGGUGCGCCGUAGCACACUGUGCUAGCUGUGGUGCAUUCGACUUCUCAAGCACCGCCCCUCCGGUGCACCGAGCGCUGCCUAAAUGCUCUGUACUGCUCUGUGAGUGACGCGUACCCAGCGCGGCUGAGGCGAGCCUAACCUUUCUUACCUGCGCGGAAAUGUGAAGCCAGACAACAGAAUAUGGACGAGCGCGCUUCGGUUCGACAGAAGACGACAGCCUAGGGGUGGGACUUCCGGUUAAUUUUUGUGUUUGUACCGCAGAGUGGUUCCUGUUCACGUUCUGGCUACGUCAUUUCCUUUUAAGGCGUUAUGGUCGUGAUUGUGCUUAGGUCCGCGGUGUAUUUGCAUUUAACUGGACCGAGUUCGACUUCGAGAUUCCACUGAAAAAACUAAAUGUAAAAAGCACGGAGGAAACUCACAAGCAACAAGAGAAAGGCACUGGUCAGGCCGCCAUGUUGGUUUUAUUGUCAAGUUUCUGGGCGGAGCAACAUGCUAUGACGUCAAAAGAAAGCCUGACGUCGAAAAGAAAAAUUAGAGCAAGACUGAUUUUUCAUUAGAAUCAUCAAUGGAUUGUGUCAAGGUGAUGUAUAUGUAUUUCUGGCGAAUUUCUAAAAUGACACAUGGAGAAGGGUUGGGCUUUUGAAGACCGAUUGGACAAAUCCUUUGUCAUUUGACAUAGGUCAAAGGGUCAAAUGGAUAAAGUUGUUUCUGGCUUCAAUGGUCACAUGAUUGCUGCAUCCGCUGUUUGACAGGAAGUCAUGUGGUCAGUGUGUGUGUGUGUGUGUGUGUGUGUGUGUGUGUGUUUUAAUCCUAUGUAAUCAGAUUUAAUCGGGCCUGGCUCCCUCCUUGUCCUGCCCUGCCUCGGCCCCCUGGAACACUCUCUGCACCAUGAGAGCUGGGACAGGUGCUGCUUUUCUGGUGCUGCCAUGGUCCGGCGGGACAGAGGCAACAGUGGAGGAGGGUAGAGGGGGUGUGCUGGUUCGUGGUGGGGCACUCCUGGGAGUAUUUUUGAUAUGUGUGGCAGUGCUGCGCAGGUGGAUUGCAGGUGGAGUGUGUCACAGUUGGGAGCGUCAGGACGGGAAAACGGUGGUGGUGACGGGCGCCAACACGGGCAUUGGCAAGGAGACAUGUAGAGAGUUGGCGCGGCGAGGAGCGCGCGUGGUAAUGGCGUGCAGGGACCUGACGCGGGCUGAGCGAGCUGCCGAAGAGAUACGCAAGUCGACGGGAAACGGGAACGUGGUGAUCAGACAUUUGGACCUGUCCUCACUCUACUCUGUCAGACAGUUUGCCAAAGACUUCCUGGACAGCGAGGACAGACUGGACAUCCUUAUUAACAAUGCUGGGGUGAUGAUGUGUCCAAAAUGGCUGACGGAGGAUGGUUUUGAGACUCAAUUUGCUGUCAAUCAUUUGGCUCACUUCCUUCUGACCAAUCUGUUGCUUCCUAAACUGAAGAGCUCCACCCCCAGCCGCGUGGUGACCGUUUCGUCCAUCGCCCAUCGGGGUGGUCGCAUCAACUUUGACGACUUGUUCUUCAGCAAGAGGCCGUACAGUUCGCUGGAGAGCUACCAGCAGAGCAAGCUAGCUAAUGUGCUUUUCAGCAGAGAACUGUCACGACGCCUUCGAGGUUCUGGAGUGUCGUCAUUCUGCUUGCAUCCGGGUGUGAUCCGGACUGAGCUGAGCCGCCACGUUGAAGGCUGGUUCCCCUUUUUGGGAGCUGUGCUGAGGCUGCCCUCGCUCCUGUUCAUGAAGACGCCGUGGCAGGGCUGCCAGACCAGCCUGUACUGCGCUGUGAUGCCAGGCCUGGAGGGCCAAUCAGGGAGCUACUUCAGUGACUGCGCCGUGAAGGAGGCAGCGCCGGAGGGGCGGGACGAUGAGGUGGCGAGCAGGCUGUGGCGAGAGAGUAUGCGAUUGGUUGGAUUAAAAGAAACCUGCUAAACUCUGACCUUAACAGUAGCAUGACAUGAAUAACACCAGUAAACAGUAAAAUCAUUUGCUAGCUACAGCAGCUAUUGCUAAAAAACAAAAAAUGAAAAAGAAAAACAUGACAGCUGAAAGGUGUUAAAUUUCAUCCCACCUGACAUUUGCUUCUAUGAAGGUGGGGUCACAGGUUGUUUGUGGGGCAAGGUCAAGAGUUGGUUCUGUUGACAGCUGGUUACUAUGGCAAUAGAAUAGAAUAAUGGAAUAAUUCAUUUGGUGUGUGCACGUGGACCACGUCCCAUUUUCAGAUGCAACUAUGAUUGACACCAAUCGUGCAACGUCGCACUAUGGCCACUAUAUUAGGAACACGCGGCACAUGUGCCAGCAGGGGACGCUGUCGGACUGCCGAGGAGCCGCUGAGCCAGCAGGAGGCAGAGGAGAGGGGGUGAUUGUGAAGAUGAUGACGGUGGGGGGGUUGAGUAACCGGACACCGAGUGUUGGAGCGUCUGCUGUCCGCACACAAGACAUCAGAGUCGGGCAGAAGAGACGUGGAAGAUCGGCGCUGAGUUGAAGGAAGUUUUAGGUGCUCGAUGGCGGACUUGGGGUCGCUUUAAGCAACUUCGCAGUGGACACAUAACGGACUUAGUGGAUAAAACAGCCACAACAAUGAAAAAGAACCACUUACCGACUCGGGUGAGUGCUCGAUUGGACCGGUACCGACAGAAACUGUUUGACAACAAGAUUAAAGACAAAUAAAGUAGGAAAGAAAGAAGCUCGACAAACAAAAGGCUUAAGGAUUAGUUCGGAUAUUUUAUUUUGAACACGAUGUCCUGAACACAGCUUCCGCUUUUCAAAAUAAGACAAUUGUAAAUGUAUGGAGUUCCAAAAUGAAAUAAACAUAACGCCUAUUAAAUAAGUGCUUUGAGUGUGAAACUUUUUACAUUAUAAAGACGAAAGUCAAUCAAUAAUGCAUUUUGUUUCAUGUUGAUUAUGCAGCAAGAGGAGACUAUUUCACCCACAGUUAUUGUU